AUGGAAACGAGGGUUUCAGAAUUGAUGAGAGUCGACCAGCUCAUCUCAUCUCUGAUGGCUCGCUUGCGCCAGGCCAACAAGGAAAAGCGAGACCGGUGCCGCAAAAUCAACAAUGAUAUCGCCAUCACCGUUACUUGUCAGCUGGAAAAAAACAUCAAACUUGAGUCUAAUCUGCACAAAUUUGUACAUUGA